UAAAUAAAUAAAAAAAAAAUCCAAUAACUCCUCACAGGCACUGUUGGUAAUCGCUCAAAUGACCCCAUCAAAACCGGCAACGCUGAGGUUGAAAAAGCCGCAGCAACUGCAUCUUCUGCAAAUGACGAAAUUACUACUCCAGCUGCUAAACUAACGAAUGCAGUCUCGACAAGCAUACCCACCACCAUGCCCAAGAACACAUCCAGUGUGGCAAGCGUAAAAGUGGAAAAGGACCUCCCGAAAGCCAUGAUCAAGCCCAAUGUGUUGACACAUGUCAUAGAUGGUUUUAUAAUACAAGAGGCCAACGAACCAUUCCCCGUGACACGGCAACGCUACGCAGAUAAGGAUGCGGACGACGAACCGCCCAAGAAAAAAUCGGCUAUGGACGAGAAUUCGCACAAUGCUAUCAAUCAAACCAACGGACAGACUUCUCUACCACCCGACAUGAUCGCAUGCGAGCAUUGCGGCAAACCUGAGCACAAAGCUAAGCUGAAGAAGAAACGUUUCUGCUCGCUAACGUGUGCCCGUCAAUCGAAGGCUUCCAUGAGCGAGCAACCAACAGAGGCGCCCACCCAAAGCAAUACGAGCAAUACUGUGGCAAGCAACCAGAAUGCUGGUGCAGAUGCCAAGGCCACUGCUGAAAUCUCCAGUAUUACGAGCAACGCAAAUAAUGCUGCUGCACCUGAGAAAAUGCAAACUGAACCCAUACCGUCGGCGCCAAUCACUGCCUACAGCAAUAGUGCUGCCCAAAAUGGCGCUACUAGGCUUGAAAAUGCAGCAGCUGUUGCUGCCGUUGUUGCUGCUGAGGCGCAACAGGUGGCCAAUGUUGCGGCCGCCAAUGCUGUUGCUGCCGCAGCUGCAGCUUCUGCAGCAACCGGAUCUGCUGGUGGGUCGCAUGCAGCGGCCACACCUGCCGAACGCCCGGCAAUGGCCGAUUGGAGUGUGGCUGAAGUAUGCGAGUUCAUACGCCAUUUGCCUGGCUGCUUGGACUAUGUGGAUGAUUUUGAACAGCAAGAAAUUGAUGGACAAGCAUUGAUGUUGCUCAAGGAGAAUCAUUUAGUGAAUGCGAUGGGCAUGAAGUUGGGACCAGCGCUAAAGAUUGUCGCGAAAGUUGAGUCGAUGAAGGAGCAGACGCCAGCGCCUAGUGCCGAUAAAGAAGCACAACAGUAGAAGCGGUGUUUAAAAUUUUGUAAAUAAAUGAUUUUGAAGCGAUAUUUUUCUUCAACAAUUAAUAUAGCAUAAAAGGAGAUAAGCAAGCGAGUAAAAAUGCUCUAUCUUAUAUACACACAUACAUAAGUAGGCUCUGUACAUAAAGUAGUCGAAGGAAAAU